AUGCGCAACUCGCCAGCAAGUUACUCUCUUCUUCAGAGAGCCGUGGUGUUCGGACUGGCGCUGUCCAGUAUUGUGCAUGCAGCACCAGCAUCCGGAACUUCUUACACGCCAGUGUCUUUUGGCGUCGGAACGGCACCCAUUAUUGAUGGCCUCCAAACAUACUCGAAAAAUACAAAAGUUACUCUGAAUUCGUCUAUGCCCGUAUUAACUCUCGAUUAUGGAGCCGAGGUGGCGGGGUUUCCUUAUUUCGACGUGACAGCGCUCGCAGGAGCUUCCGCCCAGAUUGAGCUCAAAUACUCUGAGCCGUUCAAUGGUCUGAAUGAACAGACGGGAGAUGGACCCUGGCUCUAUACCAAUGGCCUUAUGAAUUCAUUUCGGACCGAGACAUUCAACAUCACUCAGACUGGCGCAACGGAAUCGUAUUUUAUUCAGGGCGGGCAGCGUUGGCAAUCAAUAAUACUUCUCUCGAAUGAUACUUCUGUCACAAUUUCCAACGCCGGUUUCAGGGCAUCCGUCGACAUAAAGCCUGCAGAUCAGCUUGUAGGAAGCUUCUCGGCUUCCAAGGACAUCUACAACGAAGUUUGGGGUCUUGGCGCCCGCGCUGUACAGGCUGCUUGUGUUGAUGCAUACUCGCAGCCUGCGACCUGGGAGAUUUCCAAGGAUGGUGCGCUGGUUCGGGGCCAAUACCCUGGUGUUUCAGCAUUGGGGAUGGACUUUGGAGACUACACAAUGUCUUUCUCCACAAAGAUCAUCAGGGGCGGAACUGGCUGGAGAGUCGCUGCAGGCCAUAAUACCGGGUACGGAGCAUACUUCUUGCUCACAAGCAAUGGCCCUCAAUUACUGAACGCCAAUACCGCUGCAGCUCCGCCAGACACAUUAACUGCGGGAUAUGGAUUCAGCAUAAUCAACUUCUAUCUGUCGUCUGCUGAUCCGCUGCACUACCCGAACCCGUCUCCAAUUUUGGAGAACGAGUGGUAUCGAAUUAGCACUACCAUCGGAGCAUCAGGAUACAAUAUUUCCGUCAACGGCACCCAGUUUGCUUAUGUUCCGUAUACCACUUUCCAGCCAUGGGUUAACGCAGGCUUUGGCGGCACAAACCUCAUCACAACAGGGUCAUGGGGAUUCGGCCCAUUUAUGGAUCAGGCGGCAUAUGUCAAGGACGUGGAAGUUAUUGGACAAAACGGCAGUACCCUUUAUUCAAACUCACUCACUUCAACGGAUAUUCUAGCAGAGUAUCUCGUGGCUUCCAAUACUAAAGCGGUGUGCCUGGAUGGGGCGAAGAGAGAUCGGGAGAUAUGGAUUGGCGAUUUCGCACACACGGCUAAAGAAUUGGCUGUUAGUACAGGCCGGUACGAUUUUAUCCAGAGCAUGAUUGAGUUCACAUUUGAUGGUCAAUUUACUACGGGACCGGCAGCUGGUCUAGUCCCAAUUCAGGAUUCCAUGGGCUCAGCUCCGCAAUACCAGGAAGCAUAUUACCCUGCUCAGUAUGGCGAGACUGACUAUCAACUGUUCUUUCUUCUGACUCUUGGAGAUUACUUCGCUCUGACAUCUGACGUUGCUCUCCUGAAAAAGCAUUGGAGCAGAACCAAGUUGCUGGUUGAAGCCAUAGUCUCGGCAUAUCUUGAUACCUCAACAGGCCUUCUAGCAAACUCAUCUGCAUCCUGGUUCACCGCCCAGGGCUACCAAAACGCCACCGCACCAACUGCUCUAUUUGCUACCGGCCUAAAACAGCUCAUAGUUGUUGCAAAGACGCUGAAGGAUACAGAAACAGCUAAUUAUUAUACGGCGCUCCAUGCGAACAUCGGCACUGCAAUCAAUACUCAGCUGUGGGACUCAACCAUCGGCGCUUACGCGAUAGCGCUUGGUGGUGGGGAUGUUACUUCCUUGCUAUCAACUGCGUUUACUAUCCGAGCUGGCUUUGCUAAUAGCAGUCAAGCUACGAGUAGUAUAGAAAAUCUCAGCUCCCUCUUCUAUUUGAUCGGGUACAAGGACGCGACAAAUGUAGGAAACGGAGCUAGCACAGCUCUGUCACCGAAUACUCAAGGGUUCCUUCUCGAAUCUGUUUUCCUGGCCCACACGGAACUGAACGUGACGGCGGAUGUGGUGACGCCGGUCAUUCAAAAUAUGCUGGAUGUAUUCUGGCCUACAAUGUUCAGUCAGAAUGAAUAUAGCACUGGGGCCAGUUGGGAGUAUGUUCAUGCAGAUGGUAGCCCCGGUCUUGGAAUCUUCACGAGCUUAUCCCAUCCAUGGGGAGGGGGCGCGACGUACGCCUUGUCCAACUAUAUUCUUGGAGUCCGGAGCGAGUUGAACACUGUGACAGGGAAAUACCGCUGGGUGUUUGAUCCAGCGCUGGAAGUCGCACAGGGCUUGGGGUUGACUUGGGUGAAGGGGAGAGUUCCACUGUCUUCAGGUGGGUGGAUCGAAGCAAGCUGGAAAAUUACAAAUGACAAAGUAACAUACCACGUCGAUGUUCAGGAGGCGAGGGGCGUGAAGGUAGAUGUCAAAGUUCCAAACACUAUAUGA